AUGUUAGGUGACCAAGCCUCCGACACGGCGAAUGGCAGCCUGAACAGUUUAGAUACUGGUCUCGGCCUUGGUGUUAGCGGAAUCAACCGAUUACCCGUUUUCCUAUCUCCACCUUCCUCUGCAAUGGCCACAGCUACCUCACUGAGUUUCGGCACCAGCACCAGUCGGUCUUUAGGCGGCGCCAUGUCCGUACCAUUGAUGCCGGUAGACAGCAUGGCUACGCUUUCAGUGACCCACAAAGAGCCAACAUCUGUAACAGGUCAUAUUUCCGCUUCCAGCGCUACUGGAACCUUUUCAACCGCAACCAAGACGGCAUUCACGACUGUCAGUGCCAAUGCUGUUGGUAGUGUCGCUCAGAGUGGCCUUGACCAGAACGCUUUUUCUCCGACAUUUAGUAGCGUUUUUGGCUCGAGCCCAGUCGAUGGCUAUUCUAAAGUCAUUAAUCCUAAUGGUUCACUGGCUAUUGGGGCUGUUCCGACUUGCUCAGCCACCUCCGCAACUGCGAUAACUAAGCCAGAGGCUGGAUUUGAUGAUCCAUUUGCAACGGAUCUUUUCAAAAAUGGUGGGUUGGGAUAUACUUUUUUCCUGAUAGCACUUUUAUUUCUGACUGUUUAG